GGUGCGAUACUGUAACAUGUCAGCGCCCAUGUGUCUGAAGUUGAAAGUAGGAAUGCUCGAGAAAUGAGACGAUGGCAGAUUGUGAAAUGUUUAGGACUUAUAUGUGUUAUUUUUGUACUGUUCCAAUUUUUCCUAUGGUUUCACUUUCCAUCAAAAGGUGAUAGAGAUCUGCCAACAUAUGAUGUCAAGCAAAUGGUGAAGAAGGUAUUGACAGUAUGGAAAGACUUAGAAGACACACUUUUUGUCAUUGAGCCAGAGAUUUUGUACAAGAUUUUGGAACAGGAGAAUUACUCUGAUAAUGAAGGCAGAUGUGCUGUCUUUUGCCAUAUUACCAGAAAGGCCGUCACCUUUGGUGUAUUUGGACACAGAGUUGCCAUUCCUAUGGUUCUGUCAAAGUUCCGUCGGAGUGGAUUUGCUGCAGUGGAUGCCAAGGAAGACAAUCCUGACUCCCACCUAAAAAAUCCUGGAUCCUCUCCACAUCAGAUCAUCACUCAUAUCUUUCUACAGGACAUGGAGCAGCCGGAGCUGACAAUACAUGUGGUAGUGUUCUACCCUCGCUCUGGAUUCCUGUGGACCAGUCAGAUUCAGAUGCCGACCUCUGACCUCAGCUUUGGAGCCACAGCAGGGGCAUUUGAUAUAUUUGAGACACGUAGCAUAACUAUUGAUGGUUUACUGAUCAGUGUUCCCAAAUCAAUCCGACAUUUUCUUCAUAUGAAGCAAAAUUCACAUUUCCUGGAGUGUAACAAUGACAGAGCAAAGAUGUUCUACACCCAGUAUCCCAAAGAUGAAACAGAAGAAGCACAGAGAUUUCAGAGGAAGGCCAGACAACUCCUGGUUAAAGGGAAGGAGGUUCUGGAUAAUUUAGGGGUUCGCUUCUGGCUCAGUAGUGGCACCUGUUUAGGCUGGUUUCGACAGUGUGACAUCAUCUCGUAUUCAAAAGAUGUAGACUUUGGGAUUUGGAUUAAAGAUCACAAACCAGAAAUCAUUGAUGCCAUGGAGAGGGCUGGACUUCCCCUCAAGCAUGUGUUUGGCAAAGUGUCAGACAGUUAUGAGUUGUCCUUCAAGGCUGGAGAAGUCAAACUGGACAUUUUUUUCUUCUAUGAAGAGGGAGACACAAUGUGGAAUGGGGGAACCGAUGCCAGCUCAGGGGAAAAACUCAAAUAUGUCUUUCCAAAGUUUGACCUGUGCUGGACACUACUUCUGGAUAUUAGAGUGCGCGUUCCAUGUCCAACACAACCCUACAUUGAGGCAAACUAUGGAAAACAGUGGGACAUUCCUGUAAAAUCCUGGGACUGGAAAAGCAAUGCAUUUAAUGUCCGACCAAAUGGAGUGUGGCCAAAAUCAGAAUGGAAGGAAGUCAUUCAAGUGUACUGAUGAGAAGACAUUCAUCUCAAAUGAUGAAUAAUUAAUAUGAAAAAAUAAGAGAGCAAAUGUACCGGUAGUUAAAGGCAUUUAUAUAAGAAAGAUGUAAAACGAAUAUGCAGAAAUGAGUAAAUUAAACAGAAAAAUAAGUGAGAGUAAACAAAACAUUCCUUUAUAGUAUAUAAGAGUCUGUAUUUGAAAGUGUGAAGAUGAUGUGCAUGUGAAUUAUGAAUUGUGUUUGAAAUUUAAAUGUGGUGAUAUGGUAUACUAAAUUGUGAAAUGAAAUAUUUAUCAGUGAAUGUUGAAAGAUGGUGCUUAUGUGAAAAUCAGAUUAGUUGUCUUUGUGAAUCUCCUUCUUAUGGUUUUUUUUUAUUUACGUAGAAUAUAUGACCACAGACAUGUAGAUGAAUGUUAUUGUAUAUUCAGAGAGGAAUAUGUAAUCAAAUUUAGAUGUAGUUUCAUUCUUUGCAAAUGAUGUUGAUGUCACAUUAUGAUAAUUGUAAUUAAGCAUUGAAUUCUUAUUUUUGUAUGUUGUGAGUCAUGUAACAGCACCUGGCCGUGCUGACAAAUUGUGUGUUAGCACAGUAUGAUAAUUUGUCGGCAUGGUUAGGUGUUGUUUUAUGACUGACAAUAUCCAAAAAUGAGAAUCCAGUGCCUAUAUUUACAUUCUCUACUUUUCACCCUUCGUAAGUGUCAAUUUCAUUCAUCUUUCUUCUAACUUUAGCGCCUUUCAGAACUGUUCUGGUAAAUAGAUGUAAGAGCCCAUUUUGACUUGGAAAGUAAAAAAAACACAUAUGAAUAUUGUGAGGGGAAAAAAAUUACAAAUUAAUUUUUAAUGUACAAUUUUUAUAUUUUUACAUCAAUUUAAUGGGGUAAUUGCUUUUAAUUAAAUUGAGCCAAAGCAAUAUACGGUGUCCCUAGUGUUCUGAAAGUGUAUGUAGUUCCUAUCGUGUAUCCUAUCGCGCUGUGACAAGAUUUUGUGUUUGUGUUAUAGGGGCUUGAUGCAGAUUUCCAAUGGAUGACAUAAAGAAAAUGACACUGAAUGUAAAUAUAAUGUAUUUAACAGACUGUUGUGCUUAUUUCUGUAAAUACAUAUACCAGUGUAUCAUGUGCACGUGGAUAGGAUUUAAGUGUUUGAAAAUAUGUGAUAAUUACAGUGUAUAUACUUAUUUAGAUUUUCUAAGAAAACAAUAGUGGUGCUGUUAUACAGUAUUUCAUUUUUUACAUUAUUGAUAACUGAAAAUGUCAUGUAUUGAUCUUGAGAAAUAAGAUUUAUAUUGUCUGUCAACAUGUUAACAUUGUCCAUAACAUCGAAGCUUUAUACAAAAUCUUUGUUUAACUGAAGAUGUCCUGAACAAAAGUUUCAAGUGUUUUGGAUCUAAGAUUUAUAUAUGUAUA